AUGCCCCGCCAACCGUUGCUACCAGAUUUGAACGCGUGUAGACAUGAUCAAGGUUAUAGGUCUCCGUUUUAUGAACCCAGUUACGUUCCCUCGUACGGACAGGAAGAAUAUGGCAAUAACGUUUUCGUUAGUGGUCCCUCGGGAGUACAAGGAGACCUUAGUCACCCUUCUUACGUGCAAGAGUCAUUGGGUGAUGAUCCAGCCAUGCAAGAGUCAUUGGGUGACGAGCCAGCCGUGCAAGAGUCAUUGGGUGACGAGACACCCGCUUACCCUGAAGUUUCGUACAAAACUGAUCAGGAUUUUUUAUCCCGCGAUGAUUUGGAAAGUUGGGUAAAACGAAGGGGUUUAGCCAACGGAUACAUAAUUGUUACCAGACGGUCCAAGGAUAACCGGGUGUGGCUCCAAUGUUGUCGUAGCGGCGAGCAUGAGAGUAAGGCCACGGUUAGGAAAACCGGCAGCAAAAAAUGCGCGUGCCCUUUUAUGGUGAUAGGUUGUCUCGACCGGGGCUGUAUGUCUUGGCGGAUAGAUUAUCUGAACAAAAAUUUUAACGAGGCGCACAACCACGGCCCUGCUGAACAUCUGGAGGGUUACGCGUAUGCCAGGAGGCUUACUCCUAAUGAGUUUAGACUGGUGCAAGAGCUGACAGAUCAAGACAUACAGCCCCAUACAAUUUGGAAGGCCGUAACCGAACAGAACCCUGAGAACAUGUUUUGA